AUGUUCUACAGCCACGAGAUCCUCAGCAACAGCCAGUAUGGAGUUUCGACCAUCUGGCUCGUGGCCACCGUGGGCAAGACAACCAACCGCAGAGUGACCAGAAAGGCCAUCCAGGAAGUCAACGUCCCCAAGGCAUGCGAAAAGAUCAUCCAUCCCGGCGCUCCUUUGGCCCUUCGACUUCAGGGAAAUCUCCUCUACGGCGUCUCCCGUGUGUUUGCGCAACAGUGUCACUAUGUUCUUUCAGACGCCGAGAAGACACAGUCCGACAUGUUGACUUUCUUUCGGGUCAUGCAAACAAGUGAACUCGACCCAAAGGCUGGCAAAGCAAAGCGCCAUCAAAUCACUCUGCAGGAUGAUCCUAGCUUUGACCUUGCGAGCAUCUUCCCGAAGCUCGAUCUCUUCAGCAGCAACAAAGAGCUCGUGCUUCUUUCCAGCCAGAAUUCAACACAAUCCGUUUCACAGAUGACUCCUUUGAGUCAAGGAACAAUUUCAUCGCGUGGGAACCGGCCAUUCUUAGGCUUCGAUCUCCCACAGUCAUCUCACUCCGGCGGCAGCUACCGCCUUCCAUCCGACCUGGGUCGAAACUCUCCAUUUACAAAGCCCUUCAACCCUCAAGAUUCAAUGCCUGAGUUCAAUCCAUUUGGGGGAGAAGAUCUCGAUCCUAUCGCCGGUAUUGGCCUCAAUUUCGACGCCGAUGGCAACUUGGUUGAGAUGCUCGGGCCUGAACCUGAUUUGCCACUCCUUCCUGGAACAGAGGCGCACAACGCACAAUUUUUUGCCUCGGAUACCCAUAUGACUGGAGUUCAACAGGGAAAGGGGGUUGAUUUGUUUGAAGGUGACAACGUGAUCAUCAUGGGCGAGGAUGAACUGCCCGACGCAGAAGCCUUUCCCAGGCGACCACUCGCCAAGAAGCCCAACACUCUCUCACUGAGUUCCGAAUCAAGCUUCAGCAAGCAAGCCUCAGCACCUCUCCGUAAAGGACGUCUCCGAAAAACCAUUCAACUGAUCGAUCGAACCGACCAUGUCUCUCGGGAGGAGUUUCGCAACUGGUCAGCCAACUAUCUCGAGAAUAUGGAGAACUGUCGCAAGAAACCUCGACCUGCCAACAAAGCACAGGCACACAAGAAUGCGAUCGCCUUACUUUUCGACAAUGGCAUCUCCAAUGUUGGAAUGCUUCAAGGUGUUCCAGGCUUCGUUCAUCCCCUCGCUCAGGACUUCUCUGGCGCGGCACUCAAGGCUCGGCUCCAGGGUAGACAUCCGGAACAGGAUGACGAGCGAGGUCAAAUUCGCAGCUCCUCUGAAGCAUUUGAGGAUGAAGAGGUUGAGAACAGACGUGUGAAGCAGAAGACUGACGAGAAAAAUGAGGUUGGACGAGGCCCAGUUGAUGAUAUUGAUCCGCUCAUUCUUGGCGACGACUCUGUCCCUGAGAUCGGGAUGGGAGACGCUCCAGCCCUCGACGACCAUCACUCUUCCUCAAUGAUACCAUGGAACCGUCCACAGUCUGCCGUGCCAGGUUCAUCUAUUCGCGGCUUCGGAAGCGCACAGAAGGGUCAUCCAGCACCAAGCCCACUCCACGCCCGUGGCAGUGUUGUCGGUUCCAUUGAGCGAUACAGCGACCUGCCUGGUCCAGCCCACGGCUCUGAUGAGUUCCCCCAACUUCACUCUCAGGACUCUUCCCUCGGGCACGAAGGUCUGGACGCCCAAGGUGGCGUAGAUAACCCAGACACUCAAGGAUCAACCCAGGGCCUUGACGCCUCGAGCCUGGAGUUCUUUGGGUACGCUGAGAGCAAGGCUAUAUACGAGGGCCAUGCCCGUCCUGGCGACGAUCCUGACCGUCGCUGGGUCGACUUCGAGAAGCUCGCCGACCCUGCUGUUCACACCAAGCGAAUCGCGGCCCAGGCGUUCUUGCACGUCCUCUCCCUUGCGACCAAGAAUGUAAUUGCCGUCGAGCAGGAAGGCAUUGCGGACCAGCAGCCAUUCGGCACCCUCCUCAUUGGCGUCAAGCCCGAGCAGGAGGACGACGAGAUGGACGAGUUGGCUUAAUUAUUCUCCACAGGUGCAGCUGACCAUUUGCGACUUCUCUGAUUUUCGCAGACAUUCUACGGUGCAUGAUUUUUUAUUUGGGCGGUGAUUAAUUUUCACUUCGGGUUAGCAACAAGGAAUGCACAAUUCAUCUAAAGGGGAUACUGAGAUUAUCGGGAAAAUCUGGCGUUGGUGGUUUUUGGUUUCAACAAUACCCGAACUGGGACAUCGUUCUAGGAAUGAUUACCCCUUCAUCAUUUGAACGGAAGAUGGGAUAGGUUUGGGAUUGCAAGGUGUUGCAAGGACAUGGGGGUUAUCCGUCAGAUGGAGGACAUCGCAUUGGCAUGAUUUUGCGAAGUUUUAUGGGAAAUGGGGAUUGUCACGGAAAGGAACGCCACACAUGGGAAUGAGAUCACGAUAUUCAAUGGGAAUGUUUCAAU